CUGCUGGUGCACAGGUCCUGCUAAACUGAAAUAAUAAAUGAUUUUUAGCUGGAAAACUUAACAUAAUCAUACAUUGAUGAGCUUUUAUAUUCCUAUAUUUGGCACAAAAAAAAUACGUAUGUUCUAUUUUAUAUAUUUAAAGGAAAUAACGGGGUUGUAAUUAUUGCAUGUAUUGUAGCUAAAUGAGCUUUUCCCCAGUGCAGCCUCUGUGCUGUUUAUCUAAACUAGCUAAACUAGCUCUAGGCAGCAAAUCAGUCUUUGAUAAAUCAAAUUCAGUCAAAUUAUAUUGAACUAAUACCUUUAUUACUUAACCCUCCUCAGAAAAUUAUUCUAUUUUAUCUUCAUAUCAUCAACACUAAGGAAACAUAAACCCAGUUCGAGAGCUCGGCUAAAUGAUGAUGAGGCGCAGCUGGUGUGAGACGCCCCCGGCCAUCACCCUGAGGAUCAGACCCUCAGCAGCGCUCAACCUCAAGCUCCGGAGAGGCCUCCGCAUGAAGAGGCCGAAGCUCCAGGAGGCCCGCGGUCCACCGGGCAAAAUCCAACACCAGCACCCGCUUCAACACCAACACCAGCUUCAGCCCCAACACAGCCGAAAACGAGAAGAAAUGCCCAGGCCUUGUGAACAACCCUGGGGCUCAACCCUGGUCAUCCAGCGCCAAGAGAUGGCUGCCUUCUUCAGACUGUUUGAUGAUGACCUAAUACAAGACUUCCUGUGGAUGGACUGCUGUUGCAAACUUACAGACAAGUAUUUGCUUGCCAUGGCCUUCGUCUACUUCAAAAGGGCCCGUUUCAGCAUCAGUGAGCACAGCAGGAUGAACUUCUUUAUCGCUCUAUAUCUGGCAAACACCAUGGAGGAGGAUGAGGAAGAGCCGAAAUACGAGAUCUUUCCCUGGGCUUUAGGGAAGAGCUGGAGGAAGCUUUUCCCUCGCUUUCUGAAGCAGAGGGACAAGCUGUGGGCACGAAUCGAGUACCGCGCUGCCGUCAGCCGGCGCUGCUGUGAGGAGGUGAUGGCCAUUGUUCCAUCUCACUUCAUCUGGCAGCGUGAGCGUGCUGAGCACCACAGUGGAGCGCAGAGGCAGUACCGGGACCGGGAUGAGGUGCACAUGCCCCGCGGCCCAGCCGCCUCACCUGAACCCUGUUCUCUCUGUGCCAAAACUGCCGCCAUUUCCUCCUUCUCAUCCUCCUCCCCUCUACCACUUGCACUGAAUCUCAGUUUGGAGUCUACACCACCAUCCAAGCACCAGGCUUCAGACCAGCCCAGCAAGAAGACUGCCUGCUACCACUGCAUGGACAACCCAGCAGGUGGGCAGUGAUGUGGACACUGAAGCUGGGCAUGACUACUCCAUGGACUGGAUCAACGAGGAGUAGGUUCCCACUAUACAUUACCGUAACCAGUAUUAUCCGUUACCUGUACACAUGACUGUCUUACUGACAGCAGAUUUUAAUUAUACAACAAAAAAAGCCCUGUGUGUUCAUUUACUAUAUAAAAAAAUUAAGCAUACGCGACAAAAGAUCUGAAACUGAACUAAACCUGAAGUAGUUGUAGUAAGGUGAAGAGUAGUAGUAAGUGAUAUCCAUUAGUACUUUUUAAGCAAUGGUGCUUUGCCCUUAUCUGCAUUAAUGAAGCCCUACUUUUCACCAUCAAUACAGCAGAAUGUUCCAUAUUUCAGAGCUUUGUAAAAUGAGUUACGUUCCUAUUGCAUGGCUCUCUGAUUCUAGACUGUCCAGAGCAAAUUACUGUACAAAUCUUCUAUAUAUUGUUUGUUCAAGUGCACGAUUGAUCCUGUCUCACUCUUAUUUAUUAUUUAUUUAAUUUAUCGAUGAAUUGCAUCAAAUCUUUUCUGUACAGCACUACAAUGUUCACAUUAGGCACUUGUAUAGUAAUCUUUGUGACGUCAUCUUGUGCCCUGGACACUGGAUAUACUGUUUAUCAGAUUUACAAAGCAUAUAUGAAAUUGUCUUUAACAGCUGGUGUAAUUUCUGCAGCACACAGGAUUCUAAAUAAAUCCUCUCAAAUCAGUUUA